GCUGUCGCCGUGACUGUGAUUGCACAUCCUUCAGAACAACAACAGAUGCUUGGCCCGUUCAAACGUGUUUACCAUGCUGUCAUAUCCCCGAAGGAUCUGGUAUUGGAGUGUCGAAACAGGAGAAAUAGCAAUGAAAGAGGUCUGAGGCGGCAGUAUAUCAAGGCCUGAAAUGUCCUGUGCAGAGAUAGAGCAUCAGCAGUAGCCUCAGCCUUCACAGCCAGCAAAUUCCAGCAGCAAACCCCCAUACCACAGAUCGACCCCGAUCUCCAAACAACAGACACCAUGUUUUUCUCCAAGAUCAGCUCCAUUGCCCUCAUGGCCAUGACUGCCCAUGCGCAGGUCCGAAACUUGGACGCAUACGUUGGCAGCAACGUGGCCUGCCAGGCCGGCGAGUUCGUCACAUGCUCUGAUGUGAACCCAUGCUCUUGCUGCGUGUUCGAUGGCCGCUCGUUCGGUAGCACUCGUAUCACCAACCCACAGGCCAACGACUUGUCCCUGGGCGGGAUCCCACCCACCGAUGGCAACGCAGGUUGCAACUUCAUCGCCCGCGGAAAUGGGGGCCAGUGUGUCUCUGAUGGACCAAACGGUUUCUCUGCCUUCAGCUGGGAGCCAAGUGGGUUCGACUGCAACCGCCGCGCCGGUGGUAGCAGGAGGGCGGUUUCCAACGAGGUUGAGGCCGAUCUCCUCACCUUCGCUGACGGAACCGUUUAUGAUCUCCGCAACAUGUCAGCUGCCGACAAGAAGGAACUCGCCGAUGUUGUCUACAGUGGUCAGGGAAGCGCUGGUGUGCCAGCGCACAUCCAGAAGCACCGAAAGUAG